AUGGCUUUGAAGCGUUCGGCGGCUGCUGGCAUCACGGCCUCACAAGGUUCGGUGUUCCCAUCCCCCUUCCUACUUUGCUAUAAAAUGUUUCACACACGCCCAUCGCAGCGACGUAACGUUUUCCUUAAUAUCCUUUCCUUGGUUGGAGCUUACUGGAUUAUCACAACGCUGAUCUCGUUCUCCAAUAACGACAUGGACAACCAUGUUGUGGAUGCUAGAGCGGAAGCGAUGUUGAAAGAACCACUCGGUCGGCAGUUGCAAGAAAAUGGAAAUCUCCUUCCUGAUGAUUCCAAACAGCAACUCGACAAACCAGUCAGUGCUAAUGCAAAUUAUCAGCAAAUACUACGGGCUAGAAGGAAUCACCAGGAUGCCGAAAAGAUAGCGGAAGAGGAAAAAUUUUUGAAAAAAACUAGCAUUUUCGAGAAAAUUACCGGAGAGGACAACAACGGGCUGGAGAAGCCAAAUAUUCCGCAACCAAGACGUUUUAUUUAUAUGGAAAGCAGCCCAAUUUACAAAAAAGAUGAUCCAAAUCAGCCUGGAGAGUAUGGUGCUGCAGUUAGCAUUGACAAAAAUGUAAGCAGAGAUCUUGGAGUUUUUUGUAGGAUGGAUUGGUCCAGAAAUCUUCCGAAUAAGUUGACUUCGUAGAA